AUGACAGAAGAGGAGAGGGAAUUAGAAAGACGUGCUGUAGAGGAGCUCCUGAGGGAGACUGACAGGGCUCGGGUGAGAGCCGAGACGAUGGGCCCUGCGGGAUGGUUAAAAUGUCCUUUGCGAGGCACCAACAAGCGCUUCCUCCUCAAUACACUUCGCUCUACGGAACUUCAGCGGCGUCCCGGGGAGCCCAAAUCUGGACACGUGUCUCACACCACGAGGCGGGAUUCCCCCAGGCGGAGAAGCCGCAGCCGGUCGCCCCCCAACAGACGGGACGGCGGAUAUAAACGUCACCGUGAGAACGGCUACAGUAGCGAAACCAAGAAGCGGGACCGCGAGCGGGAGAGGAGUCGCGGAAGCAAAGGCGAGAGGGACAAAGCGGCGGAGAAAGACAGACGGAAAUCCAAGGUCAUGGGUGAGCUGGAGCCUAUCACAGCUGACUUUGACGGAGAAGGAAGAUACAACCUGGAUUGGUCACCAGACAAACCAUCAUAG